ACUAACAAUAAACCCAAUAAAACCUCUAAGCCCAUUCAAAUACUUAGGGCUUCAAGAAGAAGAGAAAGACCAUAUACGGCAUCGUUCUCUCCCCUUCCUUCAAGCAUCGUCUUCGCUGGGCAGUCGCCAUAGCCUCUGUUUCUUUGUUUCUUUCUCAGUUAGAGAAUGGGUUGGAAAGCUGCUGAAAAGCUUAUUAGGCACUGGAAAAUACUUAGAGGAGAUAAUGUAAUGAUAAUAAGGGGCAAGGAUAAAGGUGAGACUGGUGUUAUUAAGCGCGUCGUUCGUUCACAGAAUCGUGUUAUUGUUGAGGGAAAAAAUCUGGUAAAAAAGCACAUCAAGGCAGGUGAAGGUCAUGACGGUGGAAUCUUCACUGUUGAAGCACCAAUUCAUGCAUCAAACGUUCAAGUUGUUGAUCCAGUCACUGGGAAACCAUGCAAGGUUGGAAUUCGAUAUCUUGAAGAUGGAACCAAAGUGAGAGUCUCAAGAGGUAUAGGGGCAUCUGGGUCCAUCAUUCCUCGUCCUGAAAUUUUAAAGCUAAGGACAACUCCAAGACCUACCGUAGCUGGCCCCAAGGAUACUCCAAUGGAUCUUGUGCUGGAGAGGACAUAUGAUUCUAAAACUGGGAAGGGCAUGCCUGAACUUUGAAGAAACUUUGUUAUCAAAUUUAUUAGAAAUUAAAGGUAUUAAUGGAAAGAGUUGCUGGGGCAGGGGAGUCAUACAUAUAUGCCAGAUCGACAUGUGUGGCAAAGUUUUGUGAGUUUCAGACAGAGUAGUCAUUCAAAACUAACUAUCUGAAAAUAUUAGAACAUGUUCUGCUCUGAUACUAAUAAUAGUUUUAUUACUAUUAAGUUAUUAGUUGCUUUUAUCAGCAUAUAUCAAACCAGAUCAUAAAAUGCAUUUUGAAAUACAUUUGAUCUGGAUUUUAAUUUGAACAAGCAAGUGUAAUUGUUAUUCUGUCGCAAGUUGCAGAUAGACAUCAAGAGGUGAUGUUCUGUCUUGGCAUUUAGUACUGUGAAUUUUGAUGACUUUGGUCUCAAACUGUGAGCCUGUCGCGAGUUGUAAUCUGUCCGUUCUUAGUGUUGUAUUAUUGUAGUUGACAAGCCGAAGGCCAAUAUCUGGUUUGGCUAAUCUUUACGUAGGAAA